UCUCGGCAACGCCGGUUCGGAGAAGAGCACCGGCGAGGUCCAUUUGAACGCUGACGGCGAAUGUGGCGGCGAAGUAACUUACCGGGGAAUUUAGAUUCCGAUCAAAGCAUAUCUGAGGAAGACGAAGAGCAUAUCAAUGUUAGCUUGGGAGAAAAUGAUAUGUGGCCAAGUGAGAAUGCGAAUGCGAAGGAAGAGGGGGGAUUACUACUUCAAACAAAGCUCGAAAAACUCAUAGGUUGUGGUGAACUAAAUUAUGCUAGGGAAACCGGUGUUGUACCUCUGGAAGCAACUGUGAGUCUUUGCUUUACGUUUUCAAAUUCUUUUGUGCAGCUUCUUGUUCCUGGGAAAAAAUGGAUCCAAUUGCUGAGAAGAUAUUGGUUAGGCGGAGAAGAUAUUGGUGAUAGUUUUCGGAGAGAUCUAAAACUUAUCAGCGAAGUACGAGCACCAUUUCGUGGUGUUAGAAAAUUCUUUUAUUUUGCAUUUGCUGCAGCAGCAGGUAUCUCAACGUUCUUUACCGUACCAAGACUGAUUCAGGCAUUUAAAGGCGGCGAUGGUGCUCCAGAUCUUCUGGAAACUACAGGAAAUGCUGCAAUUAACAUUGGAGGUAUUGUUGUUCUGGUUUCAUUGUUCCUUUGGGAAAACAAGAAAGAGGAAGAACAAAUGGUUCAAAUAACUCGAGACGAAACUCUUUCCCGGCUGCCAUUACGUCUGUCAACCAACCGAGUUGUUGAACUUGUGCAGCUGCGGGAUACAGUUCGACCAGUUAUUCUGGCUGGGAAAAAAGAGACUGUAACAGCCGCAAUGCAAAAAGCGGAUAGGUUCAGAACCGAGCUCCUAAGAAGAGGUGUUCUCUUAGUUCCUGUGGUAUGGGGUGAACGUAAAACACCAGUAAUCGAAAAAAAAGGCUUUGGAGCUUCUUCAAAGGCAGCUACAUCCCUUCCUUCAAUUGGGGAAGAUUUUGAUACACGGGCUCAAUCGGUAGUAGCCCAAUCGAAGCUGAAAGGUGAAAUCAGGUUCAAGGCCGAGACUGUUUCGCCUGGUGAAUGGGAAAGGUGGAUAAGAGAUCAACAGAUAUCUGAGGGAGUUGAUCCAGGUGAUGACGUGUACAUUGUACUGCGGUUAGAUGGUCGAGUCCGCAGAUCGGGUAGAGGGAUGCCAGAUUGGGCUGAGAUAUCGAAGGAGUUGCCACCGAUGGAUGACGUGCUGAGCAAGUUAGAAAGAUGAAACUGUGAAGCUUUGUUACAUAUUGCAUCUUCACAAAAGUAAAACCUUAGAAGAGACUAGUGAGAGAGAGAGAGAGAGAGCUCAUAGGAGAAGAAAAGGCCUGUAUUGUGUAUUUGUGUUCACAAGUCCAUGAGAUUGUUACUUGUAUGUGAAGAAAGUUUUUUAUAUAUUGAAAAAAAAAAAA